AUGAAUACUAGUAAAACAUGCGACAAUGGGGGUCAAAAGAGGAAAUCCAUGGAUAGAUCUCAUAAUAUUAUUGAUCCUUCUUCAAUAAGAACAAAGGGAUGUGGGAAGAGACUAAAAUCAUCAAAGGAGAAGUCAACUUCAAAGUCCCGGUUAUGUCGUGGAUGUGGGCAUCGAGGUGUGUCACAUGACAAACGCAAUUGUCCAAGUUUACAGCAAGGAUCAACUAUAGAUAAUCAUCAUAACAGCGAUGACGACACAUAUGAAGAAGAAUUGGCAUCAAUAGCGGGUCCUGAUAAUCUAGAUAACUUGAGGAAGUUUGCAAAGCAAUUCUAGAGACGAUCACUUGAAGCUGCAGCAUCUAAAGGUGGAGAAAAUGAUGAUAUCCCAGAUCUAAUGCUUGGAGAGACAUUUGAGUCGGCUGCAUAAUCUUGACAAUGAAUUUUUUAUAUAUAUUUCAUAUCAUUUUUGGAAGCUUUAAUUAAAUGUUGCAAUGAUGGGCAAUUUUUUUUAUCUGUUAGUGUUAAUCUUUAUCGCUUACUUUGAAUUUUGAUUGUAAAUUGUAAAUUCAUUUAUUCCCAUAUGCAUAAGACAGUUACAAUACA